CCGGUGUGUUUGUGGGUGUGUCCCCCCUGCUGAAGGGGACAAGCCCAGCUCUGUGUGUGUGUGUGUUGGUCCAUGCAUUCACGUUGUGUUGGGAGGAAGCAGAGGCGUGCGGUGUGGAUUGUGUGUGCCAUGGGACUGGCAGGUGUGUGAUUGCAUUGGGGACAGCUGGCUCUAUGUGUGUGUUGGGGGGUAGUCAGGGGUGAGUUGAUCAAUUUUGGGGUAGGAGGUGCGUGUUGUGUGUUGACAGGUGAACACAGUUGAUUCUGGGUGUUGUGUGUGUGUUGCGGUGGCACAGGAGGUGACUGGUAUGUGUGUUGUGCUGGAGGAGAUGUUGUGUAGACUUGAGGCUGUGUGUUGGGAACACUUUAGAGUGUGUGUGUUGAACUGUAUGUUUGUGUGUUGAUCUGUGUGUGUUGGCAGAAGGAUGGGGUGUCGUGCUGCAAUGGGUGUUGGUGUCCAGGGCCAGCAGGCUGUUUGUGUGUCUUGAUCAGUGUUGUUGUGCAGGGUCAGUGGAGUGUCUGUUGAUCUGUGUGGUGCUGCAGGGGUUGUUGUUGUGCAGGACCAGUAGGUUGUGUGUGUGUGUGUGUGUGUGUGUGUUAAUCUCUGUGUUGUGUUGCAGGAGGGGUUGUGCAGAGCCAGUGGGCUGUUGUGAGUGUGGAUCUGUGUUGUGUUGCAGAGGGUGUCAUUGUGCAGGGCCAGCGGGCUGUGUAUGUGUGUGUGUUGAUCUGUGUUGUGUUGCGAAGGUGUGUGGUUGUGCAGCACCAGAGGGCUGUGUGUUGAUCUGUGUUGUGUUGCAGGGAGUGUCGCUGUGCAGGGCCAGUGGGCUGUGUGUGUGUGUGUUGAUCUGUGUUGUGUUGCGGGGGGUGUAGUUGUUCAGGGCUAGCUGGCUCUGUGUGUGUGUGUGUGUGUGUGUGUGUGUUGAUCUGUGUUGUGUUGCAGGGGGUGUAGUUGUUCAGGGGCAGCGGGCUGCGUGUGUGUGUGUGUCGAUCUGUGUUGUGUUGCAGGGGGUGUUGCUGUGCAGGGCCAGCGGGCUGUGUGUGUGUGUGUGUGUUGAUCUGUGUUGUGUUGCAGGGGAUGUAGUUGUUCAGGAGCAGCGGGCUGUGUGUGUGUGUGUGUGUUGAUCUGUGUUGUGUUGCGGGGGGUGUCGUUGUGCAGGGCCAGCUGGCUCUGUGUGUGUGUGUUGAUCUGUGUUGUGUUGCAGGGGGUGUUGUUGUGCAGGGCCAGCGGGCUGUGUGUGUGUUGAUCUGUGUUGUGUUGCGAGGGGUGUUGUUGUGCAGGGCCAGUGGGCUGUGUGUGUUGUGUUGUGGGGGUGUUGUGCAGGGCCAGCGGGCUGUGUGUGUGUGUGUGUUGAUCUGUGUUGUGUUGCGAGGGGUGUUGUUGUGUAGGGCCAGCGGGCUCUGUGUGUGUGUGUGUGUGUGUUGAUCUGUGUUGUGUUGCGGGGAGUGUCGUUGUGCACUGUGCCCAUCUGCACGUUGUGCGCCUGACUCACACCCCCUCCGGCCCGCCCAGGGCCCCCUCCCGCGCAGGGGUGUGAUUGGCCGUGGCGUGGCCGGUGUGUGCACAUCUCUUGGCGCGGGCGUGUGGUGGGGAGCGUGUGGCUCGGCGUGCGACACCCCCCAACACACACACACCCCCGGCCCGACCCCGGAUCUCCCCGUCUGGCCUGCUCCCCUUUUCCCGCCUCGCACGGUGGGAAGGUGACCCAUGCGCUGUGCCCCAGUUGCGAUCUCUGACACACGCAUCACGUCCGCACCCCGAACCGGCCCGUGUCCACCAUGGAGCUGCAGAAGAUGGAGGAGCAGGAGGGGCUGGAGAUGUUAAACGGGUCUGUCCCGGAGUGUGACAAAGCCAGCGGCCUGGAGGAUGGGGACCCCGCGGCAGAGGUGACGGCGGCCGAGCAGGAGGGUUUCCUGCCCCACGCCACCGGCAAGAAGCUGAACCAGUUCACCGACUUCGAGGGGAAGACGUCGUUUGGGAUGUCGGUCUUUAAUCUCAGCAACGCCAUCAUGGGCAGCGGCAUCCUGGGCCUCGCCUACGCCAUGAGCAACACGGGCAUUGUGCUGUUCAUCGUGCUGCUGAUCUGCAUCGCCGUGCUCUCUGCUUACUCCAUCCACCUGCUGCUGAAAUGUGCUGGCGUUGUAGGGAUCCGCGCCUACGAACAGCUGGGUUACCGGGCAUUUGGCCCGGGCGGCAAGGUGGUGGCGGCGGUGGUCAUCUGUGUGCACAACACGGGAGCCAUGUCCAGUUACCUGUACAUUGUGAAAUAUGAGUUGCCUCUAGUGAUCCAGACGUUCCUGGGCCUGUCCGCGAACACGGAGAACUGGUACAUGAACGGCAACGUGCUAAUUAUCAUCGUCAGCGUCUGCAUCAUCCUGCCCCUGGCACUCAUGAAACAUCUCGGCUAUCUGGGGUACACCAGUGGGCUCUCGCUGACCUGCAUGGUCUUCUUCCUCACCUCGGUGAUCUACAAGAAGUUCCAGAUCUCCUGCCCACUGAACGAGACCGAGCCCGUGACCCCCCUCAUCUACUACAACGGGCAGAACGCCAGCGCCGCUGGCACCACUGGGGAUGAGUGCACGGCCAAGACCUUCACCGUCAACUCCCAGACCGCGUACACCAUCCCCAUCUUGGCUUUCGCAUUCGUCUGUCACCCGGAGGUGCUGCCCAUCUACACAGAGCUGCGCAGGGCCUCGAAGCGGCGCAUGCAGAGUGUGGCAAACGUCUCCAUCCUGGCCAUGUUCUUCAUGUACCUGCUGACAGCCAUCUUCGGCUACCUCACCUUCUUCAGGAACGUCGAACCGGAAAUGCUGCACACUUACAGCAAGGUGGAUCCCCUGGACCGGCUCAUCCUUUGUGUCCGCCUGGCUGUGCUGAUGGCCGUCACGCUGACGGUACCCGUGGUGCUCUUCCCAAUCCGCAGAGCCAUCCAGCAGCUCCUCUUCCACGGGAAGGAUUUUAGCUGGGUUAGGCAUGUGAGCAUCGCUAUCUGCCUUCUGUUCGUGGUCAAUCUCCUGGUCAUCUUUGUCCCUAACAUCCGGGAUAUCUUUGGAGUCAUUGGAGCCACCUCCGCCCCCAGUCUCAUCUUUAUCCUUCCCAGCAUCUUCUACCUCCGCAUCGUUCCCAGAGAAAAAGAACCGCUGAGAUCCAGGCCAAAAAUCCAGGCUGCCUGUUUUGCUGCCCUCGGCUUCAUCUUCAUGGUGAUGAGUCUCGGCUUCAUCGUGGCUGACUGGGUGAUGACUGGACGGAGCAGCGGUGGGGGGCACUGACCCACCCCUCUGCUGACCCCCAGCACAGACCAUGGACCCCACUGGGCCUGCUCAGGGGGCCCAGCCGUCACUGGGGCAAGAGCAGCGCCACCUCCCAUUGGCCCUCGCUCCACUGCAGCCGUGGCAACGCUGAGACCAGCGCUAGGGCCCGCCCAUUGGCCAACUGUUACCACGGCAACGCUACAGACCCUGGCACCAACUGGUGUCCAUGGGAAUGGUGCCAAGGCCCUUCCAUCAACUGUUACCGUGGCAAUGUUACAGCUCCUAGUUUCCAUGGAAAUGGUGCAAAGGCCCUUCCAUCGGCCACCUGUUAGUGCGGCAACGCUACAGCUCCUGGCAGCAACCGGUGUCCAUGGGAACGGUGCCAAGGUCCUUCCAUCCAUCGACUGUUACCAUGGCAAUGCUACAGCUCCUGGCAGUGACUGGUUUACAUGGGAAUGGCACUAAGGCCCUCCUAUUUGUGCCAUGUAGUCAUGGUAGCCUCCCAUUUCCAUGGGACAAAGGUCCUGAUUGGGCCAUCAGUGCCAUGGCAACGGCAGGUUCCCCACGUCUACUGAGUCCCCUGACUACAGCGCAACUGGGUUCUCCUUAGCUCCCUGUUGCCGUGGCAACAUGGCAGGUUCCCGGUUGAACACCAGGCCUUUGUUGCUGUGACAACGUUUUGGCCACUGCUGGAGUGGGUGGGUGGGGGGUCCCUAGCAACAGUUCCCUUCAGACAAUGCCUCCCACCUCUUUGGUUCCCAUGGCGACAGGAACACCCCCUUCUCACCCGCUUGUACUCAUCCCUGGCGCCAGUCAAAGAGGGACUGUGAAUCCGACUGUGCCAGGGCGGGGGCCAGGUGGAUCCAUGACACUCUUAUUUAUUGCUCUUAUUUAAUUCGGAGCCAGCAGCCAGACCAAAGAGCGAUGCCGGGCUCACUGCUGGGGCCAGGAUUGUGACCCCCCCCCCAGGAUUUCUG